UCUACCUGUUCUGUGUCAUAUGGUGAAAUGGAUGACUGGGAAAACAGCAAUGAAUUCAUUCAGCGACUGGAUUUUUCCAGUUGUGGUGAAGACAGCGAAGACAUAAGUGUACAGGAGGAGGAGGAGGAGGAUGAUUUAAGCUUGAGCCCCACUAGGAGCUGCCAGUUUUAUGAGUGGCAAGAGAGCAGUCCCUUGGCAGCAACUCCUCAGAGAAAUCUCAGUGAGAUUUACCUGAGCAGGACAAAAGCCUCUCCGAGUCCCACCCUGAAUCCUUCCCCGGUCGUGAACAAGAGCCGGGGUAAUGCUGAGACCCCACUGCAUAUCACCUGGAAAAAGCUGCAACUCUGUGACACCCCACACACUCCCAAGAGCCUGUUAUCAAAGACAGCUUUCCCUUCAUCUGGGACCAAGGCCCAACCAAAAGGCUUUCGACAUCUGAGAUUUACUCCUGGUGCUGACUUAGCUGACCCUUCUGGAGCUCCUCGUGUCAACAUUAAUCCCUUUACACCAGAAUCAUAUCGACAAAUGCUCUUCCUUCCUAAUGGCAAGAAGACCAGAGGACAGCUGAAGGAUUCUGAUCCAAGAAAACGGAUAAAACGAGAGCUACCUACAAUGAGAUACCCUCUGAAAGAGAGCAAUAUGGUUUCCCGCUACAAGAAAGAGUUCCUGGAACUGGAAAAAAUUGGUAUGGGGGAGUUUGGCUCUGUCUACAAGUGCAUCAAACGUCUUGAUGGAUGUGUUUAUGCCAUCAAACGCUCCAAAAGGCCUCUGGCAGGAUCCUCAGAUGAGCAGCUGGCACUGCGUGAGGUUUAUGCUCACGCUGUCCUUGGGCACCACCCCCAUGUUGUGCGCUACUAUUCAGCCUGGGCAGAGGAUGGCCACAUGAUUAUCCAAAAUGAGCACUGCAAUGGAGGGAGUCUCCAAGAUGUGCUGUUGGAAAAUGCAAAGCUUGGCCAGUAUUUCUCAGAAGCAGAGCUGAAAGACAUACUGUUACAAGUCUCAAUGGGGCUAAAAUACAUCCACAACUCUGGCCUUGUGCACCUGGAUAUCAAACCUAGUAACAUCUUCAUCUGUCACAAGCUGGUAGUUAUGAGCCCUGAUGGGCAGGAAGAGAGCGACAGUGAAGAUGAAUUCUCUUCUGGGGUGGUGUAUAAGAUUGGUGACCUUGGCCAUGUGACAUCAAUAACUAACCCACAGGUGGAAGAAGGAGACAGAAGGUUUUUGGCCAAUGAGGUUUUGCAAGAGCAAUAUUCCCACCUGCCAAAGGCAGACAUCUUUGCCCUGGCACUCACAGUGGCUCUAGCAGCCGGUGCGGCCCCGCUCCCUCACAACGGGACCAUGUGGCACCACAUUCGCCAGGGCAAUGUCCCCACCAUCCCCCAGAAGCUUCCUCUUGCCUUUUUUGAGCUCCUCCAGCUCAUGAUUCAUCCUGACCCCGUGGAAAGGCCUUCUGCCACAGCUCUUACUAAACACCCAAUUCUGUGUCCUUCUUGUGGAAAAGCUGUGCAGCUCCAGAAGCAGCUAAAUGUGGAGAAGUGCAAGACUGCCAUGCUGGAAAGGGAACUUAAAGCAGCCCGCCUUGCCCAGACCCUCAUGAAGGACCAGCCCUUAGGAAGUGCCAAGUUGCAAGAGUCUGAAACCUCUUCUAAGCAAAACAGCAAACGCCUGGUGGGGGGGAAAAGCUGUCGCUCUUUUAGCUUUACUUUGGGUUACUGAACUUUUGUGUUGUCCAAAAAGCUCUGCAUGCUAAAUAGCCCUGUGAAAGCAAGAAGGUUUACACAGACUG